AUGCUCCACGGCCACAGCCCGGUGUCCCAGGCCCUGCUGGGGACCUUCUUCACCUGGGGGUUGACGGCGGCCGGGGCGGCCCUCGUGUUCGUCUUCUCUAGUGGACAGAGGCGGAUCUUAGACGGAAGCCUCGGCUUUGCUGCAGGGGUCAUGCUGGCGGCUUCCUACUGGUCCCUCCUGGCCCCGGCGGUGGAGAUGGCCACGGCCUCCGGCGGCUUCGGUUCCUUGGCCUUUCUCCCCGUGGCCAUCGGCUUCGCCCUCGGAGCGGCGUUCGUCUACCUGGCCGACCUCCUGAUGCCUCACUGGGGUGCAGCGGAAGACCCGCAGACGGCCCUGGCACUGAACUUGGACCCUGCGCUGACGAAGAAGUCCGACACGGAGGGUGCCAGGAUGCUCUUCCCCGAGAGCGAACUUUCCAUUCGGAUAGGUAGAGCUGGGCUUCUUUCAGACAAGAGUGAGAACGGCGAGGCGUAUCAGAGGAAGAGGGCGGUGGCCGCCGACGUCGCGGAGGGCCCGGCCGCCCCCGGGCCGCCUCGGGGCAGCGCGGCGCAGCCCGGCGGCAGCAGCUGGAGGCGGAUCGCGCUGCUCAUCCUGGCCAUCACCAUCCACAACAUCCCAGAGGGUCUUGCGGUUGGAGUUGGAUUUGGGGCCGUAGGGAAGACAGCAUCGGCCACCUUCGAGAGCGCCAGGAAUUUAGCCCUUGGAAUUGGGAUCCAGAACUUCCCGGAGGGCCUCGCUGUCAGCCUGCCCUUGCGAGGGGCUGGGUUCUCCACCUGGAGAGCCUUCUGGUAUGGGCAGCUCAGCGGCAUGGUGGAGCCUCUGGCCGGGGUCUUCGGCGCCUUCGCAGUGGUGCUGGCUGAGCCCAUCCUGCCUUACGCGCUGGCCUUUGCUGCCGGCGCCAUGGUCUACGUGAUUAUGGAUGACAUCAUCCCCGAGGCCCAGAUCAGUGGUAACGGCAAACUGGCGUCCUGGGCCUCCAUCCUGGGCUUCGUGGUGAUGAUGUCGUUGGACGUCGGUCUGGGCUAG